ACUCUUAACUGAACAUGGAAAUGAAAUAUGUCCAGGGUUUUUUAAAAAACCCUCUAAAUCUUUCCAGCAUGCCGAUGAUCCAGAUUGGAUCGGGUAUGGUGAUAUAUCCAUGUCUCCUUAUGAUACUGCUUGGGUCGCAAUGAUUCCUA